AUGAAGUUAAAGUUAUCAACGAGCGUGAUAUUCAUUUUGAUGGUAGUAACUUUUACCACCACUCAAGAGAACUCAACUCCGACGACAUUUCUGUUGGGUAUUGACUGCAGUCAUGAUCGAAACUGUACUUUUCAAAACUCAUAUUGUGACAAUGAAUUCUACAGAUGUCGCUGUAGAGACAACUACUAUCCAGCUAAUAACCAAAGUGUCUGCAUCCAAUACGCACAAACACUACUAGGCCAUUGCGAGAGAGCUAUUGGGUGCAAGUUGAUGAAUAACACUGAAUGUCGGAAAAAUGCAUGCAAAUGCCGAACUGGAUUUGAAAACCAAGACGGGAAAUGUACACCUACUGUUUUCAAUUGCAUAGACGACUGUGAGAAAAAUCGUCCAGGCAGGAUUUGUAAAAUGGGCGAAUGCAAUUGCGACGAAAAUACGGCAUACUUUGAGUGGAACGAUACUCUCCAUUGGUGUGCUCUAUAUGCUAACCGACUGGAGAUAGAUACCUGCUUUGGAAGGGAAGGUUGUAGAUAUCUGCCAAAUUCUAGGUGUACUUCCUACCAUAAAUGUAUUUGUAAAAAGAGUUAUACGCAGAAGGACAAUAGAUGUCUCGCGGACAUAAACGGUAGUUGCACAGAAACCAGUUAUUGCAACGUAAACAAUAGUUUCUGCAACAAUUGGCAGCAAUGCGAAUGCAAGUAUGGUUAUUUUCCGUCUAAUGAUAAUAAAACCUGCAUUAAAUACGAAAUUGAUGGACCAUGUGACUAUUAUAAUCGCUGCGAUAGCUUAAGCCAUGCAGAGUGCGUUAAUGGUAAAUGCAAAUGUAUCAAAGGUUCUUGGUCAAUUGAAGGUUUAUGUAUCCACUCCAAAGACAUCUAUGAGAAUAGUUCAGACAGUAUUGGUGAUAGCAAGAGCUAUCCUUGUGGAAAUUGCACUUGUACUUCAGUAUCCUACAAAGUUCCUAAGAGCUGCGACAAGAUUACAAAUGAGUGUAUAGAAGAACACAAUAUGGAUAUUGUAAAAAUGAAAUGCUCUAGUCUUGCAGAAUCGGGUUUCGAUUGUCAAGAUCCCAAUAAAUGUAAAAAGCUUUCAUAG